AUCCCUAAUUCAAAAAUUUCAAAAACCUUAACUGAAGGCUGCUGCUAAAAGAAGAACUGAACGUCGCUGAGCCUCUCGCCGGAACCUCUAGCCGCCGUCACGUCCGACGUGACACUGUUGGUCAGCAGUCGUCGUGGACGUCUUCGCUGAAGCUUGGAGAUUUAAGGAGGCAUGUUUUAUCUGAGUGAAAUAGAACACACACUGAGGUUGCCGCCUCAUCUCCUAAACCUUCCACUCAAUGAAGCAAUCAAAGGAGAGCUUGAGGGUCUCUUCGUGGAUAAGGUUAUUGCAAAUUUGGGCCUCUGCAUAUCCAUUUACGAUAUUCUCUCCGUAGAUGAUGGUUUUAUCUAUCCAAGUGAAGGUGCCUCCACAUAUACGGUCAAGUUUAGACUGGUAGUGUUUCGCCCAUUUGUAGGAGAAGUAAUAACUGCUAGACUCAAAGAGUCCAAGGCAGAGGGUUUGCGCUUGUCACUUGGAUUUUUCGAUGACAUUUAUGUACCCGCACAUCUAAUGCCAGAUCCAUCACGUUCUGAGCCUGACCCUGAUCACAAGAACCAAGUUAGGUGGAUAUGGACGUUUGAUGAACAAGAUUAUCCUAUUGAUGGCGUAGAUGAGAUUAGGUUCCAAGUCCUUAAUGUUAGUUAUCCAUCAAUGCCUCUUGAGCAAGAUAAAGAUUCAAAGCCAUUUGCACCAAUGGUCAUAAAGGGAUCUCUUGAUGCUGAUGGUCUAGGACCAAUUUCAUGGUGGAUAUAGCAGAAUUGCUGUAGAAUCUUUGACUAAGAAACUAUAUAUAUAUAUAUAUAUAUAUAUAUAUAUUGUUGUUGAUGGAGAAAAAUAGUGACUGUAAUAGUGUAAUUUUGAUAUCAUGGGAGAGCAGCAAAAUGAGCUAAAAGAGCUGUUUUCAAGUAGUGUUUGAUCGAUUAUGUAUUAAUCAAUAUUCGAUUGAUUGGUUUGAGGUUAUCGACACUGUCUAAGACACUUUGAUAGAAAGGAAGGAAUAGUUUGUAUUUUUGGGGGGAAAAAUCAUCGCAUAUUCCUCCUAUUUCUUAUAAAAGAUAUUCAGUCCGUUAGAAUAGAAAUUAAAGAGGAUAUUUAUGUUUGUUAUACUUGUUGAUCAUCUUCCAU